AUGGAUCAUUGUGACAGUCCACUUUUUAACAAUUUACUCAAAUUGUGUGACACUGAAGAUAUUUCGUCAAAUAACAAAGUGUCGGGUAUUACAACACCGAUCAGUUCAGAUGGAUCCUACUGUGCAUCCUGUGUGAGAUUAUGGAGGGACAGGAGAUACUAUAACUGGGGGUCCCUAUACACUCGCUCCUCCUUAUGUGCCGAAUGUCAGAAGGGGCAGGACAGACAGAGUUACAUCAGUUACUGGGGCAACUCCAAAUACCGUGUAGGGUCCUGGAGACUACGACAAAAAUGGAUGAAUUCAGAUUCUGAAUGGAUGUUUAAUCGGACAGAGACUCCAAGGUCAAAUGAUGCUAGAUCAAGGUCUGAACGGAGUACAGAAAGGUCAUGGUCACAGGAUUUCACACCAAGGUCACACAAUUCUUUAUCACAGUCAGAUCUAAGUGCAAGGUUGCAUGAUUUUACACAGAAGUCACCUGAUUCUAUAUCAAGGUCAGAACCAAGUGCAAGGUCACAGGAGUUUACACCAAGGUCACGACUAAACCAAUACACAGCAUAUCAUACCACCAAAGAAUUGAGUUCUGAAGGUAACGACACUGGUCAAAACAAAGGUGGUGAAAACUCUGAUAGUGUAGAUAUUUCUAUGAAUUCUUCUCAGUCAAGUUUCAGUUCUUUGAAAAGUCCACAAGAAAGACGUCCUAGAAGCAAGAGUCCAUGUCUACAAAAAGUGAAUAUUGCUUCCAGAAAACAAAUGUUUGAGCCUUCAAAUGAUGUCAUAAGUCAUUCAGGAAGGACAGCUACCGAUCACUGCAGCAAGGAUGAACCAACUGCAGCAUGGCCAGAUAUUCCUAAGCUGAAUUUGAAUGACUUAGAUGUCACCCCAUACAACAGUCCUGUGUAUCACUUUCCUCUGACACCUAAACACAUCCCAACUGUAGCAAAGCCGAACCGCUGGGUUGGAUAUGGCUACUUCGUGGGGACAGCGGAGCUGACCAGCGACACUGGACAUCUGCUGUGGGUUCGACCACGUGGUGACCUCCAAGUUAUCUUCAGAUAUGCAGACACUGGACAGGAUUUCAAGUGCUUUGUUGAUCCCCAGUACACUGGUGUCCGACUUUGCCAGAGGAAGCCAGAUGGAGAGCUCGUGGUCAUACUAGACAGAAAAGAGAGUCCACAGCAUAGCCACCAGGUGUCGUCCAGAACUCGUUAUCCGCCACAAAGCAACUUCAAACUGGUGUCCUAUCUGGGCAGGAUUGAGCUAAUACUUCAGGCUGUCAAAGACAAUUCUUCACCGAACAGUCAAAGAUUUAAGAUCAAUUUUACAAUGACCUUGUGAUACACUUAAUGCUUCUAUAAAAUAUCUAUUGUCUUGAUAUGGCUCAGUGACUUUCAAAAUGAGUAUACAUUUGGUAAAGGCAAAGAGUUGAGUAAUGAAAGUUACACAAAAUUGAAAAUGAAUAUUAGUUUCGUUGUUAUUUUGCAAAUUUUAGUUUAAAACAUGUACUCGGACAUCUAAAAACCGAUCUCAAAUAAUUUGUUGUGGUUCCUGUUGGAUAUUUUCUUUUAACAUAACUGUGCUAACUAGCUAUGCCGUUUAGUUAUUAUAAUUCACAGAUUUAAAAGAAACAACAUGAUUAAAGCUAAAAAUGAAACACUCACAACUUAACAGGUAAGCACCAUACAAUGUUAUGGUAUUCAUUCAGGUAAAGGAAA